AGAGAAUUCACGACCAAGCAUCUAACGAGUCUAUAUAAACCCUUCUCCUCUUAACAUUCCUUCGACAAGUCGCAAACAAAACUUGAAAGUAGAAUAUUAAGAGUUCUCAGUAGUGUAUUUGUUUGAGAAUGGCAGCAGCUUCCCUCACCGCAGUCCAAGUCGAGAACCUUGAGUUCCCGGCGGUGGUUACUUCUCCAGCUACCGGCAAAACUUAUUUCCUCGGCGGCGCAGGGGUGAGAGGGUUAACGAUAGAGGGUAACUUCAUCAAAUUCACCGGCAUAGGAGUAUACUUGGAGGAUCAAGCCGUGGCAUCACUUGCAACAAAGUGGAAGGGUAAAUCUUCGGAAGAAUUGGUGGAGUCCCUUGACUUCUUCAGAGAUAUCAUUUCAGGCCCCUUUGAAAAGCUAAUUAGAGGGUCAAAGAUCAGACAAUUGAGUGGACCAGAAUACUCAAAGAAAGUAAUGGAAAAUUGCGUGGCACACAUGAAGUCAGUUGGGACUUACGGUGAUGCAGAAGCCGCAGGCAUUGAAGAGUUUGCUCAAGCCUUCAAGCCUGUGAACUUCCCACCAGGUGCCUCUGUUUUCUACAGGCAAUCACCCGAUGGAGUUCUUGGGCUUAGUUUCUCUCAAGAUGCGACAAUACCAGAGGAAGAGGCUGCAGUUAUAAAGAACAAGCCUGUGUCAGCGGCAGUGUUGGAGACGAUGAUCGGUGAACACGCCGUUUCACCUGAUUUAAAACGCAGUUUGGCUGCAAGAUUGCCUGCAGUUUUGAGCCACGGCGUUUUCAAGAUUGGCAACUGAGCUUUUUCAAACAUUGUCGUUUCACUCCUUUCCUUCUUACCAGCGAAGUGAUCGAAGUUCUUGUUUUAUACUCAUGUAAUUUUACUGCUUUCUGUGUCACAGUGUUCACAUUUAAAUAAUUAUGGAUUCUAAUCCAUAUUAUAAGUUUUUCUAUGCGUUUUUUUAACACACUUUUAUGUAUGAAAUAAAAUCAUGUUUGCUUGUUCAAAAUGAAGCAAUGAAACAUGAGCUUAAUUUUGCU